AUGGUGUUCAACAAGCUCGUGUCGUUCCAACUCGACUAUGCGCCACAGUAUCAUCUCUCAAAGUAUAUUUCAUCGCGUUCCGGGCUUCAACUGAUCCAUAUCAACAAUAAAGCUUCGCCUUUGGUUCAAGGCUACUUUGCCGUUGCUACGGAGUGUGCAACGGACUCUGGAGUGCCACAUACGCUGGAGCAUCUUAUUUUCAUGGGUUCUCAUAAACAUCCUUACAAAGGGCUCUUGGACACAGCUGGAAAUCUGUGUAUGUCGUCGACGAAUGCAUGGACUGCGACGGACCAGACGGUAUACACUCUGACAUCUGCAGGGUGGCCGGGCUUCAAAAAGCUGCUUCCUGUUUAUCUGGAUCACAUCUUGAACCCAACUCUCACGGAUCAGGCGUGCACCACAGAGGUCUACCACGUCGACCCCGAAGAUCUGCAAGAGAAAGGCGUGGUGUUUAGUGAAAUGGAGGGCAUCGAGUCUCAAAGUUGGUUCAUCACAAUGUUAGAAAAACAGCGAAAACUUUUCAAGCAAGGAAGCGGGUAUCGCUCGGAAACUGGUGGUUUGACAAGUCAAUUGAGAGAGUUGACCAACGACGAAAUCCGAAAAUUCCACAAGGCCAUGUAUUCGCCUGAAAAUUUGUGUCUCAUUGUGUCUGGUAAUGUUCCUGAAGAUGAGCUCCUACGCAUAGUUUCAGAAUUUGAUCUGAGCUUGCCAAAAUUUGAGAAAGAACGAUUCAGACCAUUUCUGGAUACACAAGAGUCUCAAAUUCCACCUCGCAGAGAUGAGAUCACCCUUUCAGAGGCCGAAUUUCCUGAAACCGAUGAAACGCAAGGUGAAAUACUUAUGUCCUGGAUCGCGGAACCCUACAAAGCACAUUUGAAUGAUCUGGCGGUAUCUUUGUUGAUGGACUACUUUACCGAAACGGCUUUAGCUCCCUUCAAUAGUCAGCUUGUUGAAGUUGAGGACCCAUUGGCAAACUUUGCGGAGUAUUGGACUGAUGAUUACAUGCGCACAAUCAUAAAUUUAAACUUUCAUGGGGUGCCGGUAGAAAGAUUACUAGAAGCCAAAGAUAAGAUAUUGGAGAUAUUGAGCACACACAAGAUUGACAUCUCACGAAUGAAACAAGUGAUAGACAAUGGAAAGUGGGAUUACGUCAUGAAAUGUGAAAAGAAUGGACUUACUAUAUUGAGCCAAGUUUGUAUCACAGACUUUCUCUAUGGGGACGAAAAUGGCAAGAUUCUGGAAGAUAGUUUGAAAGAUCUGAGCGACUUUGACAAGCUUUCAAAGUGGACUCUGGAGCAGUGGCAAGACCUACUCGGUAGGGUUUUCAUUGAAAAUAAGCCCGUCAUUGUUCUGGGUAAACCGAGUGCUGUUCUGUAUCAAACUCUUGAGGAGCAGAAGCAGAACAGAACAAAGGACAGAGAAGUGAAACUAGGUUCAGAAGGCAAAGCUCAUUUAAAAAAGAGACUUGAGGAUGCGCUGGCUCAUAAUGGUGCUGAUAUUCCAUCUAACUUGCUGAAUAAGUUUGUGGUAGAAGAUCCUGAAAAGAGUGUGACUUUAAUUCAUACAAAUGGCUGUUCCACCGUUCAAACGUCUGUUGCUGAUGUGGAGAACGAAUGGGCACGCAAAAUUCUUGACACAAAGCCUGAGUCGUUUCCGUUUUCUUUGCAUUUUGAACAGUUUCCGUCUCAAUUUGUUGAGCUGCGUGUCAUGCUUAAUACUUUCAAAGUAGACGACGUUGCUUUGCUCCCAUUAUAUCAUGUAAUAUGUGAACUCUUUUCAAUGCCCAUGAGGGCCGAGGAUGGAUCUAUUAUCGGAUUUGAGAGCGUCGUGUCCAGUUUGAAAUCUGAAACAAUUGAUGCUGAAAUCUCCAUGAGUCUUGGCAACAGCUUUCCAGAUUUACUUGAAUUUUGCGUUUCGUGCAGAACUGAGGACUACGAUAAGGCUAUCAAGUGGAUAAAGCAUUGUCUAUUCGACAUGAUUUUUGAUAAGAAGAGGGUGAGGGUGUUGCUAGAAAAGUACUUAAGCUCAAUAGUUGAGCUCAAAAGGGAAGGUGACCUAAUGGUCAAUUCCCUCUUCAACAGACAUUUCUACUCCGAAAGAACAAUGAAAAAAUCAACCGAUGCAUUAUUUGUGGAGCAGAUACUUGGUGACAUUCUGGAUCAGAUCGACGAUGGAAAGUAUGAACAAUGUGUUUUGCCAAAGCUUAAUGAAAUGCGGAAGCAAAUGGCAGUCGAUUUCCAUUCAUACCAUAUUUUAGUGUUUGGCGGUAUCGAGAAGAUAACAAACGUUUAUGCACCAUGGCUUGAUCUUUUGUCUAAAAGCACUUAUCAACACACUUCAAUAGAGCACGUCCCACCUGUUCCGCGUCUGAUCGACUCGCUGUCACCUUUGGGGAAGCGCCCAAAAAAUCUAGCACACAUCAUUACUACGCCUGCUUCCGAAUCAUCUUAUAUGACCACAGCGACGGGACUCGGAAUCGAUAUGAACUACAACCACCCAGAUCAUGCCGCCAUCUGUCUUGCUGCUGAGUAUCUAGGAUGCGUCGAAGGUCCGUUUUGGAAGGGUAUACGUGGGUCCGGCUUGGCUUACGGUGCGAACAUCAUAAAGAUGGUAGAGUCAAACGCCAUUGGUUUUUCUGUCUACCGCGGUGCUGACAUCAUUAGCUGUUAUCAAACAGCUCGCUCUAUCAUCAAUGACUUUGCCCUCGGAAAUUGCGAAAUUGAUCCUCAACUUGUCAAAGGCGCCGUGAGUAGUAUUAUUAACGGCAUUGCUUCGAGCGAGUCAGACUUCUUCUCUACAGCACUGAUGAAGUAUGUGGAUGAUGUUUUCAAGAAAAGAGGUCCCAAUUUCAAUCGCGACUUUUUGAAAAAGCUUGGAAAAGUUGAAGCCAACGACAUUCAAAAAGUACUUGCCAAGUAUUUUGUUAACAUUUUUGAUUCCAAAAAGGCAACCGUCUUUGUGAGUUGCCAUCCUGCGAAAUUAGACGCCGUCAGUAAAUUCAUGGUGAGCGAAGGCUACGAAAUACUUGUCGAAGAGCUUGAAAAUGACAGUGAAGAUGCGAGUGAUGACGAAAGUGAGGGCGACAGCGAAACUAGCGAAGGAGAGAGUGCUAACAAUACGCAUUCGGAUGAAGAAAAAUAG